GACGAAUUUUGGAUGGCGCCGUACAAGGCAGAAUCAACGCACUCACAGAUAGUACUAAUGAGUGGUGCGGGUACCACACAUCAUAGAAGCAACGAUGCCACCACUGCCAUUUAUCUGAACGUGGGCUGCGGGGACAAGCUGUGGGCGCGGCACAAGGUGCUGGUGGCAGGACUGCGCGAGCAGGCGCGCGACGGCACGCUGGCGCACCUGCUGCGCCUGCCCGUGCUGGGCUGGCGCCUGCUGGCCGCGCGCCGCGCACGCCCUCGCCCGCGCCCCGCGCCCCGCCCCCUGCCACGCCACAAGAGACAGUCUUCACUGGACUCGGGCUCGGGGGCAUACGACAAUUACGACGGCGAGGAUGACGUGGCCGACUACAGCGGCGACUAUGACGACGAAGAUGAUAACGAAGAUGACUUCAAUAUCGACUCAUUGCCAGACUCAGUAAUGAAUAAAGUGAAGAUAACGCCGUACACUGAAUCAGUAUCGGAAGCUAGCGAUGUAAAUCAUGGCUUAGAGUCAGGCGUCGUGGAAUCACGAAAACUGGGCCAUUCCCCAGUCAUCAUUUCACCUGAAGACAUCGCAACUACAACCGAAACUGAGAUGCAAACUGUAAUAAUACGGGCUUCCAACGAAGUCCCUUCGAUGUCGUCCGAAGUGCCAACCUCACCGUCAACGUCACCGUCGCCGUCCUCCUUCGAAACUAUUCAGACAGAGGCAACGACACCGACGACUUCUUCCACGACGGAGUCAACGACGACAUCCACUACUACGACGAGCACAACGACGACGACAGUGCCAACAACAAUCGCAACGUCGCCGACAGCGUCAUCUACAGUCACCACACCGUCGACCACGCCUAGUACCACGCCCACAACUACUCCGACUUCCGAAACAACACUGCAGGAGGUCACAAAACAGGAUAUGCCGUUCUCGUCGGAGCGCAGCAGUACUAUAAUCGGACGCACGACAGAAACCGUGACGUUCGCGAUGCCCGUCAACCAGCCGCCUACGCUCAAGUACCACAUGAAGAAAUUAGCGAUUACGGCCGGAAAAGCUUUCAGAUACAUCAUCCCGGCUGACCUGUUCACCGAUCCAGAGGAAGGCACCAAUCUGACAUUCACAAUGUACGAUUCCGAAAAUGUGCCACUCAGCAGGAACUCUUGGAUCCAGUUCAUUCCUACCAAACGUGAAGUCUACGGAUUACCUCUCGAGUCGCACGUGUCUCGCUGGAACUUCAUAGUGGAAGCUCAGGAUAGCGAAGGUCUGGUAGCACGAGGACCUCUCGAUAUCACAGUGCAGCAACACAAGAGCGCGCGUACCAUCAACCACCAGUUCAUCAUGCAAUUCAAACUGGUCAAUGACUACACCAACGCGAUAGAUUGGCAGAUAAGGGCGCUGGAAGGCAUCGUCAACCUGUUCAGGGACACCGACAUGGACCACUUGACAGUGUUAAAUGCUACCACCGACGGAGAUAUGUGUGAAUACGUGUGGACCAAUGACACGCUGCCGAAGGAUCCGUCGUGUCCAAUGGACGACAUUAAUAGGCUCAUGAAGAUAAUGGAAUCGGAGUCGGAAGCGGGCAGUCCGUCGGCAGCGUUGGCGCGCGCCAUGUCGCCCGAUCUGAAGGUGGCGGCCGUGCGAUGGCGCGGCGCCGGGCCCUGCGCCGCGCCGCCCGCAGCCCGCCCACCGCACGACACCUACCCGCCCGUCAGGCGCAACCAAGUGGACCACCUCACCGCCACCGUGGGACAACUGCUCGUGUAUAAGGUGCCCGAGGACACGUUCUUCGACCCGGAGGACGGCGGCACGCGGCAGCUGGCACUGACGCUGGUGCGCGGCGACCGUGCGCCGCUGCCCCCCGCGCACUGGCUGCAGUUCGACGCCCGCAACCAGGAGUUCUAUGGGCUGCCCGCACCCGCCGACGAAGGCACCAUGCACUACCAACUCAUCGCUGAAGACUCAAGCAAGAAGAGUGCAUACGAUAGCCUCAUAGUUGAAGUAGUAAAGGCGCCAGCAAUUAGGCCAACGGUGGAGUUCCACAUGACACUGGACUACCCGUACUCUAACCUGGCCAACAGCGCUAACAACAAACGCAAGGUUGUCGAGAAACUGGCAGCAUUGUUCGGCCAGAAGGAGACUGAUAAUAUAAGAAUACAAAGCAUCACGGACAAACCUACCACUAUCAUCUGGUACAACACCAGCCUACCGAUGGACAGGUGUCCCAAAAAAGAGAUUGAAGAGCUGCGGAAUAUGAUAAUCGUCGAUGAAAGGGGCUCAAUGGGUGGCAAUCUUCGGGAGAGAGUCGACCAUAUUUUCGAUAAGGACUUCAAAGUGAUGUCCAUAGGAUUGAUAUCGAUGGGUCUGUGUGCUGAGCAAGGCACAAAAACGCCCAAAGUUGGUCUGGUGCCAGUUAACGCCGGAACGAAUUUACAGAACAGUAAAACCAGUAACGCUGCCGAUCCGGAGUACUCGGACUAUUUAGUGACGUUCGUCAUCCCCGCUAUUGUUAUCGUUUGCAUGAUAAUGGUGGCCGGAGUUAUUGCGUGUGUGCUUUAUAAGCGGCGACGUACAGGUAAAAUGAGCGUGGGCGAUGAAGAAGAACGCCAAGCGUUCCGCUCCAAGGGAAUCCCCGUCAUAUUCCAAGACGAGUUAGAAGAGAGAGCUGACGCAGAACCAGUUCACAAGAGUCCAGUUAUCAUGCGCGAGGAAAAGCCGCCCUUGUUGCCACCAGCACCGGAGUACAGAUCUGGGGAGGACGCUCCCUACCGCCCUCCGCCACCAUUCGCCGCAUCCCGCACACCCCCUAGACCUAAGGCAACCCCCACGUACAGGAAACCGCCCCCAUACGUUCCGCCUUAA